AUGGCCCCCGCUCCGCCCCCCGCCGCCUGCUUCUCCGCCGCUGAGGUCCAGCGGCGCCUGGCGGCCGGCGCCUGCUGGGUCCGCCGCGGGGCCCGCCUCUACGACCUCACCGGCUUCGUGCGGCAGCACCCGGGGGGCGAGCAGCUGCUGUGGGCGCGCGCGGGCCAGGACGUGAGCGCCGACCUGGACGGGCCGCCGCACCGGCACUCGGCCAACGCGCGCCGCUGGCUGGAGCAGUACUACGUGGGCGACCUGCAAGGAGACCCCCAGGGUCCCGUGGAGAACGGGUCUGUGGCCUCUGCGAACACUCAGAAGACAGACCCUGUGAUGGAGCCAAAGCUCAAAGCAGUGGACUGGGACAAGGACCUGGUGGACUGGCAGAAGCCCCUCCUGUGGCAGGUCGGCCACUUGGGAGAGAAGUACGAUGAGUGGGUCCACCAGCCGGUAUCCAGGCCCAUCCGCCUCUUCCACUCAGAUUUUGUCGAGGCCCUCAGCAAGACCGUCUGGUACAGCGUCCCCAUCGUCUGGGUCCCCCUGGUCCUCUACUUCAGUUGGUCCUACUACGGCGCCUUCGCCCAGGGCAACGUCCCGCUCUUGGCACCCUUCGCCACAGAGUACUCAGUGGCCAUGCCCGAGUCUGCGUUCCCGGGCCUCUUCCUGCUGGGGCUGUUGGUCUGGAGUCUCCUGGAGUACCUCAUCCAUCGCUUCCUGUUCCACAUGAAGCCGCCCAGCAACAGCGCUUACCUCAUCAUGCUGCACUUCGCCAUGCACGGCCAGCACCACAAGGCGCCCUUCGACACCUCCCGCCUGGUCUUUCCACCCGUGCCGGCCUCCCUGGUGAUAGCCUUCUUCUACCUGCUGUUACGGCUCAUCCUGUCCGCGGCCGUGGCGGGCACCCUGUUUGCAGGGAGCCUCCUGGGCUACGUCAUCUACGACCUGACCCACUACUACCUGCACUUCGGCUCCCCUCACAAGGGCUCCUACCUGUACCACCUGAAGGCCCACCACGUCAAGCACCACUUUGCACACCAUCAGUCGGGGUUCGGCAUCAGCAGUAAACUCUGGGAUCACUUUUUCCACACCCUCACUCCGGAAGAGCCCCACCUGAAGACGCAGUGA